GGCCUUUAGAGUAGGCUAACCUUGAUCUUGUAUGGGUCCAGGAUAAGAAAUGGUAUCUUGGAUGGCACAGUGUAUCUCUCGAUGCCCUGGAAGCACACAGUGCUCUUACAGCCUGCGCCUCAUAGCAAACACAUUGUCUCAAUUUGUACCAGCGAGUCUUGAUGCACAAUAGUGCUUUUGUGUGCGAAGGUGUCCAGUGGGGCCUCACAUGGCUACACUGUUUCUCUGUUUACCAAUCCCUCUGCUUUUAGGGACAAAUCCACUGUGCUACAGUAGGCUACAUACAGAUAUUUGGCAUUUUGCGUUGUAGUAGAAAUAGGCUAGAGAAUAGAGAAUUAUGUUUUUUGGUGCUAUCAACUUUUACAUUAGAAGAAUGGCAUAUUCUCUUGUUUCUCCGUAAUUGUAUCAGUUGAUUUCUACUGAAAUAUCAAACUUAUUAUUUAUUUUUUUUUUUACAUUUUCUGCAAAUAAUAUGUAAGUUGUGGUGAAAAACCAUAGACUGAAAAGCUAAAGCGUUCUAAGUAAAACUCUUCUCUGCUGUCUCUCCCUUUUAGAAAGUCCAGGGGCUUUGAAUCUUUCACAUUUUGUGCACCAGUCAGACACACACUACAUCAGUAAGCUUUAAAAUACAAACAAAGUAGGUAAAAAACAACAGAAUUAGGAUCACAUCUAAGAACUAAGUAUCACAUCUAGCCAGGACGUAACUCCAAUCCACCAGCACAGCCUGUAGGCCUUCUACCAAAGCCCCACCACCAGCUCCUGUUCUACCAUUCCACAAGGCGAGAGGAAGAAUAUUGUUGCUGUUAUGGCGGAUCCAAGCCUGUCCUCUCCCACGGACCCAUCACUGCGGUCACCCCGCAACACACCCUUCUCCCUGUCCUUCCCCGUCCUGCGGGAAGGAAGCCGCGUGUGGGAGAGGGCACCGCCAGUUCCAGGGGAGCUGCCAAGCCCGUUGCCCACCAAGCGCACCCGCACCUACUCGGCCACGGUGCGGGCCACCUCAGGACCAGUCUUUAAGGGUGUGUGCAAAAACUUCUCCAGGUCACAGGGGCAUGGCUACAUCCGUCCUUCCCACGGUGGGGAAGACAUAUUUGUCCACAUCUCCGACAUCGAAGGGGAGUAUGUGCCGGUGGAGGGGGACGAGGUCACCUACAAGGUCUGCCCCGUUCCACCCAAAAACCUCAAGGUCCAGGCCGUGGAUGUGGUCAUCACGCACCUGAACCCAGGAACGAAGCAUGAGACCUGGUCAGGCCAGAUAAUCAGCUCCUAGGCUCUGGUCCUGGUCCUCUGAACACAGCGGGAAGGGUGGGGAGGGUUGGGGUGGGUUGAAGCAGAGCGGGGGUGGGGUGGCUGGUAAAGGAAGAAGAGGGGAGCUCAGCUUAGAUGGAGUUACUGUGAAAGGUAGAUGGAAGUGAGAAAUGGGACACUGAAGGUUGCUGGAUAAGCAUCUUGAAGGGAAAUUCCAAGUUGACAGAAGAAUUGGAAACCAAAGUUGUGUUGGUUGUUGUGUCAGGGCGUGGGAAUGUAAGGCAAGACACAGGGGAUGCUCGAUACAAUGAGAGACUCCCACUCAAGUAAAUUGGUCCCUCUAUGAUGGUAACACAAGCAAUGAUUAUUGUUCUUCUGAGUACAGUCAGCACCUGGCUUGUUACUUUGGCCUUUAUUUAUUUAGAUAUUUAUUUUCUAAUUUAUUACUCUUAUUUUGUUUGUGUUUGGUUGCUAGGAUAAGGGAUUUUCAAAAUAAAAUGAUACGCUGGAUUGGGAUUCAUAGUCAAAGAAGACAUUUAUGACUUGAAUACAAUUUACUGCCAAACUUACCACAACACCCUUACUGAAACAAUUGGGGCUAUUCAGGGCAAAUAAUCAGCUUCUAUGUAGAUACCUAUCAGAACUUUGUCAAAGUAGCCGUAGCCAUAUCAAAAUAAUUGUGUGAGUAAAAGAACACUUUAAAUUGUAGUUACUAUAGUUAGUUAUUUUCUACAAAACAAUAAUUUUCCAACUCAGAAUACGCAAAAUCAUAUAUAUUAAGGAUUAGAGGUAUUUUGAAAUAACUGUUAAGACAUCCAAACCUUCAUCAUGUAAUUGGUUGUGGAUUAAUUGCAUGUUUCCACCUUAUUUCUUUUUAUUUUUCGAUUCAGAGGUCUAUGCAUCUUUUCUAUGCUUGAGUUUGUCAGUAUUUGACUUUAUUUCAUGUAAUGUUUGUGGUACUAUAUGUACUUUCAUAUUUAAAUAUUGAGUUGGUACAUUUCUGAGCACUUUUCUUUCCGGUCAGAUCACUGUGACUGGUGUUAGAAGUAAUUUUAAUGUGAAUUUGAGAGUUAUUAAACAAUUUAUGAUUAAAAUA